AUGUACCUGGUCACCGUCUGUGGGAACUUGCUCAUCAUCCUGGCCACCAUCACUGACUCCCACCUCCACACUCCCAUGUACUUCUUCCUCUCCAACCUGUCCUUUGCUGACAUCUGUGUAUCCUCUACAACCGUCCCAAAGAUGCUGUUGAAUAUCCUGACACAGAGAACUGUCAUUUCCUAUGCAGGCUGCCUCACUCAGAUGUCCUUUUUCCUGCUCUUUGCAGUGUUUGAGAAUUUCCUCCUGACCGUGAUGGCCUAUGACUGCUUCGUGGCCAUCUGUCACCCCCUGCACUACAAGGUCAUCAUGAACCCCCAGCUCUGUGUCCUUCUGGUUCUGGGGUCCUGGAUCAUGAUGGUCUCCUUAUUUUAUUGUACAAGCCUAGGAGUGUAUUUUAGUUCUGCUGCUUCACACAAAACACAUUCAGGUGCUCCAGCCUCAGUGAUGUACUCUGUGGUCACACCCAUGCUGAACCCAUUUAUCUACAGUCUGAGGAAUAAAGAUAUAAAACGGGCUCUGAGAAAAUUCUUUGUACAGGAGUCUUAA